AUGAACUUUUCUGGUAUCAACAACAUCUUCGACCCAGCUAAUGUGCCCUACACUUUAUAUUCUCUCAGUGUGUUUAAGGAUUGUCACGAUGAGCAGGAAAUUCUCAGUGAGGAGGAUAACAGUUUCUUGGGUCAGGAUAUUCAGGAGCAAAGAAAAUACUGAAAAGAAAAUAGUAAUGAGACCACCAAAUCAAAACAAUACCCUGACAUGACAAAAGACAAUGAGAAGCAAGAUAAGAUGAAGCCUCAAUCAAUUAACAAAUCAACUGUGAGAAGUCUCAGAAAAUUCUUUAAAGACUUAUUUAAAAAGAACAACCAAAACCUCAUUAGAAAGAGGUACUCUAACUGAACUGUUUCUCAACUUUAUGCUGGAGUUAAAAAAUCCCUUGCACUUGUAAUUCCUAGUGAUUCAGAGAACGAGGACUUAAUCUAUUUUACUAUGGGAAUCAUCGACCUUAAGAAAGUAUCCAGAUUACCUUGCAAGCCAGUCAUUAAAAAUGAGAUCGACAAUUUUUUAAAGACGACCAGAGUUUAUUCCCGCAAAAAAUUAAGCAGAGCUCUUGAAUCAGAGAGCUUCAGAACCUUAUGAAGGUGUUUCAUUAAUAAUCGUGAUAUUGAUCAAUCUUCCUAUUUAAUUAAAGCCUUAAGAGAACUGCAAGGUUAAAUU